AUGAGACACAACAAAGUUAAAAAGAAGCACGACAUACACCCAAUCCAGACGGAGCUUGGGGUUAUUCCUGAUACCCUCGCCCACAGUUCGGCGGAGACUCUGGCUGCUGCCUGGUACUCGGCGGCAUCGGAGUCUCUCGACCGGAUUGCGCCACUACGGCCCCUCCAGCAUGAUUUGGGUUUCACGGACUUUUCUUGUAGGAAAUUUCCUCGCAUUUCUCAGGUUUGGUGUGAAACAAACCUGCGGAGGUGCACCAGUGAUUAUCAUCGCUAUGUAUGUGAUAUAUGCAACAAGGCAUUCCCCAUGCUCUCAGCGCUCAAGCUGCACAAAGACACCCAUGCAACCGAUCAGGGGAGGGAAGUGCGCAACCUGCACUCGGAGGACGCAGACCUAAAAACCUACAUGGCAUCCUUGGGGCUGCAACAUACCAAAGACCUUGAGUCUGUCAAGCAGGAGGAGCUCAUGCCAGAUGAUGAUGAUGUCCAAGAAACGCAGCGACGAACACUGAAAUGUAACCUACCUCAGGAACCCGGAAGCAAUAACCAGUUGAACCUAUCCCCUCUGGAGGCUGCUUCCGUGGGAGGCCCCUUUUCAGUCCUUCCACCGACAAAAGAAAAUAUGAAGCUACUCUCACUACAGCCUUUCCCGAAAGGCUUCAUAAUCCAGCCUGACAAUAGCAUUGUUGUUAAACCCAUUUCUGGUGAAUUAGCAGACAUCCAGCAGAUCCUAAAGAUGGCGUCCUCAGCGACGCCACAAAUCAGCCUCCCGCCGCUAUCUAAGGCAUCUCAUAUCCCCAUCCCGUCCAUAUUCAAACAUAUGCCUCCACUGAAGCCAAAGCCAUUAGUAGCCCCUCGGACCGUUGUAGCAAGUUCAACGCCGCCUCCGUUGGUCAACACUCAGCAAGCCUCGCCGGGAUGUAUCAGCCCAAGCCUUCCUCCAGUACCACCAAAAAUGGUCAGAACCCCGGACCAAGAAUCAACUUCAGAUUCUUCCAUCGCGCACAAUAAACCCAGAACAAACUCCAGUCCUUCUCCCCAGGCUAAGGCAGAAUCACUGGGUCAGCAUGAAAUGAAAACCCAGCUGGAGCAAGACAGCAUCAUAGAGGCCCUUCUGCCUUUGACGAUGGGGGCAAAAAUAAAGCAAGAAGUGACCGAUCGGGACUUCAAGGCCAUCAUGAGUGGAACCGCAAACAAGAAAACCCCAGCGAUGAGGAAAGUGUUGUAUCCGUGCCGUUUUUGUGAGCAGGUGUUCCCGUUCUCCGGAGUCUUAAGAGCUCAUAUCCGUUCUCACUUAGGUAUCUCCCCGUAUCAGUGUAACAUCUGCGACUACAUUGCAGCCGACAAGGCAGCGCUGAUCCGGCACCUGAGGACCCACAGCGGGGAGAGGCCAUACAUCUGCAAGAUCUGCCACUACCCUUUCACGGUGAAAGCCAACUGCGAAAGGCACCUGCGCAAGAAACACCUCAAGACAACCCGGAAGGACAUCGAGAAGAACAUCGAGUACGUGGCCAGCAAUGCGGCUGAAAUGGUCGAUGCUUUCUGCUCCCCAGACACCGUGUGUAAAUUCUGCGGGGAGGACCUUAAACAUUACCGUGCCCUCCGUGUCCACAUGAGGACCCAUAGCAGCUGCCAGAAGAAGAAGCCAUUUGAAUGUAAGGAGUGCGGCACUGCCUUCUCAGCCAAGCGGAACUGCAUUCAUCACAUCCUCAAGCAGCAUUUGCACAUCCAGGAGCGGGAGAUCGAGAGCUAUGUGCUGGCUGUGGACUGCACUCCUCCAGAAAGCCAGCCUGACCCUGUGUUGCUGGAAGAAAGCACUUAUCUGGAUUGCAAAUCUGUGUCACCUUUCCUGGAAUCGCAGAACGGCUUUUUAAGGGGGGCUCCCUCUCACGCAUCGAUCAAACUUGAAACUGCAAAUAACUUCCCCAUGGAUUUUGACGAGCCUUUAGAUUUCUCGCAAAAGAACAAAACCCUGAAUUCUGUACUGGUCAAACAAGAGAACACGUUCGGGUCCUCUCUCUACGAGAACUCCAUGGAGCCCAUUGAUUUGUCAAUUCCCAAGCCUCGCAAAAGGGAGAGUGAUGAGGGUAGUAUGAGUGAGGAUAAGAAGCAAGAGCUUCAUGAUGGCCACGAGGAGACACUCCAAGGCUAUCUACCGUCUCCUCCAGCUAACGGCAAUCUGGAAAACGCAGCUCUCAGACAUUCCCAACCACUGAAGGGACCACUUCAUUUGACUGUCCCAAUAAUUUCUCCAGGCGUCUUGGGGAACUCAGUUUUGCUGAGACCUUUGAGGCCCAAACGGCCGUUUCUCUUGCCAAAACCUCUCGCGACGGAAGAGCUGCCGCCCCUUGCUUCCAUCGCACAGAUCAUUUCAUCGGUGGCUUCUGCUCCGGCUUUGCUCAAGGCAGAAGUCUCAGACUCUGUCCCCAAGGUGGCCAUUGGCAGCUCUACCACCCCUGAAAAGUUAGGAAGCUCCAGUCCUAAAGCAACUCUCCUAGCCGCUGUCCAGACGGAUACCAGCACUCCCAGCGACUUAACAAAGAGCACCAGCAGUCCAACGGAGUCCCAGAAAUCCUCGACGUCCGGAUCGGUGAAGAAAAGAGGCCGAAAGAAAGGCACAAAAAACAAGCCCAAAGCGAGCAGCGGCCUGGACUUGGAAUCCAGCGGGGAGUUUGCCAGCAUCGAGAAAAUGCUGGCAACCACAGACACCAAUAAAUUUAGCACAUUUCUACAAUCGACGGCAGACUUUAAAGAAGCGGCUGAUAAAAACGGAGCUAGCGAGGAGGAGAGAGAGGCCGUUGAAGACAAACUCCUGCGGGGAAAGCGAAAUGCCUACUCAAAUUGCAUCCAGAAAAUCAAGUGCCCCCACUGCCCUCGAAUUUUCCCCUGGGCAAGUUCUUUGCAGAGGCACAUGCUCACUCAUACAGGUCAGAAGCCCUUCCCUUGUCAAAAAUGUGAUGCCUUCUUUUCUACCAAAUCUAACUGUGAACGCCACCUCUUACGCAAACAUGGAGUUGCCAACUACUGCCUGAGAAGAAACGGGCUUAUCCCCCAGUCUAAAGAAAGUGAUGAUGGAUCUCAUGAUAGCACAGAUAGUCAGUCUGAUCAAGAAAAUACAAGCGCGGGAAAUGAAGCACUCGACUUGACCUCCGGGGAGAGAGAGCACCUGGAGGAAACAACCGAGUCUUUAGAAGAACCCGAGUUGCUCCGUCCCAAGGAAGAGGAGAAGAUGGAUUUAUUAUCCCAAGGCGAGGAGGAGGCUGCACAAGGGAAAUUAAGUGAGGGGGAAGACGAGCCGGAAGAAGAUUCAGUCAGCAACAGAAGUCUGGACCUCAAUUUUGCUAGCAAGUUCAUGGAAUUCAAGCUGGCUGAGAACGAUCAAAACCCAGGCAACGGGGCUCAGUCUGAAAACAAACACACCUGUGACACAUGUGGGAAAUCCUUCAAAUUCGCUGGUACUCUUAGCCGGCACAAAAAAGCCCAUGCGCACGACGAGAGGAAAGAUGAGAAGAGCAGCGAGGAUGAAAGUAAACAUUUUCAAAGUGGAGACCAAGCCCACGUCCCUGUCGCGCAAGAGGACCCGGCUCUUGAACAGGAAGAGCCUGGGAAGGACAUUAAGGGCGCGGAGUCCCCCACAGAUGGUGAGGCAACAGGGAGGGAGAACGAGGAGAGCGAAAGCAUCUCCGAGGGAGAGAGCACGGAAAGGAAAUCUUCCGAAAAGAGCGAUGAAGACCGGAAGCCAAAGUCUGGUGCAGGAGCCAAGAGUGAAUCGAAGGCAGACAAGAGGAAGAAAGUCUGCACUGUGUGCAACAAGAGAUUUUGGUCUCUACAAGAUUUGACGCGGCAUAUGAGAUCCCACACAGGGGAGCGGCCAUACAAAUGUCAAACCUGCGAACGGACCUUUACUUUGAAACACAGCCUGGUUCGCCAUCAGCGCAUCCAUCAGAAGGUAAAAAGUGCCAAGAACCACGAGAAGGACAGUGAUCGAGAGGACACCCGUUCGCGAGGGGAAGAAGACAGUGAGAACGAGUCUCUCCCCAGCAGCACGAACCCCAUCUCGGAAAACGAGGGCGAUGCCCUUGUGGGGCCCGGAAGCCAUUCUCCGGUGACCAGGAGCCGCAGAGAAAACAUGGCCAAUGCCACCAAGGAUUACUCUUGUAAGGAAGAUAAGCCAGCUGGGAAAGCCUCAAGUUUAGGCCUUGCCGAGCCAAGCAAGAAGGCGCCGAAAUCGACAGCGAAAGAGCAGGAGUCUCGAGGAAAAGCCGACCGGGAGAGCUCCGACUUCAUUCAGGACUUGUUGGAGAUCCAGAACAAGAAAUCCUCCAUGAGUCAUAUCCUUGCCUCUGCAGAGAACGCGCCUCACCUCUUGGAAGUUGAAUGACAGCUAUGGCUUCAGCGGCGCCCCAGCGCCCCUGAUCCAGGACACGGGGUUAAAGUUGACAAGAGCAAGCCUUCCUUUGCUGCCGCGUCAACUUGCUGUGGUGAACCAAGAGUUGGGUGAUGGGUGGGUGGGAUCGGGGAGGACGUAUGGCCGUCUGGAUCCAGUGCCAUAAACCCUUCAGUAUAAAUAAUGCAAAAGACUUAACAAUUAUAUACUGGUCUGAGUGCCUUACUACUUUAUUAGGUUGUCUUUUUUGGUAUCGUAGAUAUUUUUUAAAAGCAAAUUAGAUGAUUUUUUUUUAAAAGAAAAAAUAUUUUAAUUAUUUGGAGAGGACCUUUUUCAUUUAAGCAUUAAUGUUACCUUUUUUUUUAAAAAUUCGGGUGUGUUCAGUUUCGUUCCUGUAUAUCUGUGAUAGCCGCUUUUGUGUAUUCUCUGAGCUGGAAACAAGGUGGAAUCAGUGAUGCAAAAGAAAGCCCUAAAAAACUGCAGCCAAUAACUGGAAGAAAACAUUUUUUUAAAAAAAAAAUCCCAAGCAGAAGAAGUAGAUAUAAAAGGUUAACUUGUUUUCAGUUUGUCUUUUUUAAUCACGAGGGAGAGUUAAAAGCAGUUCAACGUAUUAAUAUAAAUUAAGAUUUUUCAAGCUUGGUUCAAGCUAAAAGCAGGAAGCCACAAUUACUGUUCUCUUCAUUAUUUCUUCUAUUUCUCCUCCUCCUCCUCCUCACACGAUCAUUCUAGCUACUGUCAUUUUGUAUAAGGCCCUUCCUUACCAUUAUGGACUUAAAAGAGUAUACAGAAAGGGUGGCAUAGUGACUUAAAAAAAAACCCUAUGGAAAUAUGCGCCCACUGUUUAUGUUUAUAUAUGUAUGUGUGUGUAUACAUAG